AAGAAGGAGAUUAAAAAAUAAUAGCCUUGUCUGUCGGUUCUUAGCUUUGUAUUUUUCGACCCGGAUCCGACCUCGCCCAUAUUGUCAUCGUCGGAGUCCGACCUGAGCCCAAUUUUGUCUCUUCUCUCCCUGGGGGGUCGUGGGAGAGGGAGAGACAGAGAGAAAUUGAUUUUUUAUUGUUUGUUUUUUGGAAAAAAAGAGCCAAAGCUUCAGGACUCUGUAUUCAAUAGUCAUAAUGGGCACUUGUGCAUCAACACCAGUACACAGUAUUAAAGUGAGGAGGCGGAGGAGUUACCGGUUUUCAAAAUGGCACCGGAAAGUCUCGAAUUCUUUCUUUGAUGCCACCAAGAGAAAGAAUCAGGAUCUAAGACCCUGUGUAGCUGAUUUUCCAAUAAGUUACUUGGAUAUGGAUUUUGAGAAUGGUUCAGCAGGUGCUGGCAAAAGAUCUGAGCUUCCCAAUGCUACAUUCCAUGUAAGGCAGCUGCAAUGGCGCCUUAGUAAAGAAUUUGAUGCAAAUGUAAUUUGCCAAGAGGAUGCUUGGUUCGACUCCGUCAGUAUUCUGGAAUCUGACUCAGAUGAUGAGUACAGUAGUGUACAUGGAGAUUGUUUUCCGAUAGUUGGCAAUACGAUCGGGAACAUUGCAGGUGGCCAAAUGGUUCAGUACAAAAGCUCUGCAUGCAUCAUGGACAACGAUGGUCAAGUUGAAGAGUACCAUGAGAGUUAUGUAGAAAUAGAUAGAGGUAAAGCAGACAAAUAUUUGGGCAAGACUGAUAGCAAGAGGAAGAGAGUAUUAGAUCCUUCCUACGGAAGCUUUAAAGGCCUAAUCGAUGAGAGACGUGACUCUGAAGAAAACAACUUGAAACCAAGCUUGGCUCGGGUGGUUCCUACUGUAAGUUUCAAUGACAAGACUUUAAGCUCAACAAUUUCAGAUACGCAGCCUCAAAGAAGGAAAUCAGCAGUUUUCAGGCUUUCCUUCAAGAGGAGAUCAUGUGAGGGAGAAGAGACUACUGAACUAUGUGCUUCAAAAAGAUUCUUGUAUCGACCGAGGGUUGGAUUCACAAUUCCACGUCGCAUAGAAGAGAAGACAAUGUCAGAUUGUUGGUCCAAAAUCCCACCAUCAACUUUUAAACUUCGUGGCGAGUCAUAUUUCAGAGAUAAGCGAAAGUCUCCAGCUCCGGAUCACAGUCCGUAUGUACCAAUUGGUGUUGAUCUAUUUGUCUGCCCAAGAAAGGUAAAUCACAUUGCCCAGCAUCUCGAGCUUCCGAAUGUGAAAGCAGAUGGGAAAGUCCCUCCACUUCUGAUUGUAAAUAUUCAGAUCCCUACUUAUCCUGCUGCAAUGUUCCUUGGAGAUAGUGAUGGUGAAGGGAUGAGCCUUGUUCUGUAUUUCGAACUUUCUGAAAAUUUCGAGAAUGAAAUCUCUCUCCAAUGUCAAGAGAGCAUCCAGAAAUUGGUCGAGGAUGAAAUGGAAACAGUUAAAGGAUUUUCAAGAGAAUCUCUUGUUCCUUUCAGAGAAAGACUAAAGAUUCUGGCUGGAUUGGUUAAUCCAGAUGAUCUCAACUUGAGCUCCACGGAAAGGAAGCUCGUCAAUUCUUAUAAUGAAAAACCAGUUCUUUCUCGUCCGCAGCACAACUUUUACAGGGGCUCAAAUUACUUCGAGAUUGAUCUUGAUGUUCAUCGCUUCAGCUACAUAUCAAGAAAGGGGCUUGACUCGUUUAGAGACCGUUUGAAAAAUGGAGUCCUUGACAUGGGUUUAACCAUCCAGGCGCAGAAGCCAGAAGAGCUGCCAGAGCAAGUUCUGUGCUGUUUGAGACUUAACAAGAUUGAUUUUGUUGAUCAUGGCCAAAUUCCCACUCUAAUGACAGCCAUUGAAAAUGAUAGCUAAAUUGCAGUGACGAAAAUGGCCACACAGACAUUUCUUGUAAUUAAUAUAUAUUUGUUCAUCCAUUGCCAGUUCAAACUUCUUCCAAUUCAAGCUUUUGAAUUAAGCUAAAAUAAGUUAAGAUGCU